AUGGGGCUUGAAGCGCCAGUCUUGAGAAGUUGGACUCUGUCCCUGACAAUAUACAGUACUUACAAACAACCGAACCAUCAACGGACACCCCUCGUACCCGCCGUGAAGCAAGAAGUUACUUCUGGAGCCAGCGCGCUUCUCGCCUCAACUUAUGGAAAGAUGUACUCUCCCGACCAGUUCAUGAAUCCUGGGCCAGCACCGCGCCCACCGGCCGAGCGUCCGAAGCUUAACCUGCCUUCUAACUCCUCAAAUACGGUCGCCUCCUUCAGCCAAAUGAGCCUAGAUUCCCCCAGCACGCCAGGGUCCGCCAACUUAUCAUUAUUCCCGAAUACUAGCACCCCGUCUCUCACACAAACAAAAACCAACCAGUCGGGACAGGGAGGGGUAGCCGUCAUCAAAGAAGGAUAUGUUCGUUGCAAGGAAGACAAAUUUCUGGCUACCUGGAACCAGCGAUAUUUGAUACUUCGAGAAUUUCGAUUGGACUUCUUGAAGAAUGAGACGGGUAGGGUAGUCUUGUCUAUCCCGCUUCAGACGGUCACCGCUGUCUCCCGUUCCGAAGACACUCGGAUGGCCUUCGAAGUUAUUCGUUUGGCCAAUCCGAAAGAUGCCACCUCUAAGGCUGCCCUGAUCACACGCGACGUGCCAACUAAGAGCAUUACCUGUGAGGUCAAGAGUGAUGACGAGAUCUAUGACUGGAUUGACAAGAUCUACGAGCGCUGCCCGGGAAUGGGAGGCGUAAGCAAUCCGACCAACUUUAGCCACCGCGUUCACGUCGAAGACUAUAAGAAGAACCCCCAAGCCGUCAUCGAAGUUCUCGAGUUUUACUCUGAUAUAAAGAUGCGCGAACAGAACCCACAGUAUUAUGCCGGAUUAGCCUCUCCCCAGUCAAACCAGCAACCAAAAACUUACAACAGCAACACGGUUGGCAAUUCUAUUGCUCCUCCAAGACCGCCGCCCCCAGCCCCAUCUCAACGCUUAGACAGUGGUCAUUCCAACCGUUCCGCUGGUUCAUCACCCUCACAGGCGCACAGCAAAUCAGACUCAGAUCGUGCUUUGGAACAGCAGCAACAGCUGGAGAGGAUGAAGGAGAUGGCGGACCAGGAGCGUCGACGCAUGGAGGAAGAAGGUCGCCGUGCUCGUCAACGUGAAGAAGAGCAAAAUAGGCUCGAUCAAGAAGCGUACAACGCCUCGCUUCCAAAGACUCGCGUCCCUCUGGCUAAACAGGAGCUCGGUGGCUAUGGCGCCGAUCCGUCGAUGAACGACCGCUACAAACCAGGCCGUCCCGCCCCGCAGGCUCCUGGCUCGGCUCGACAAGACUCUGCACGCCAGCUCACUGCUCAGCGCCCAGCGCCAGCCCCUCCGACUAACUCCAACCAGGGACAACGGCCGGGGGAGUAUAUAUCGGCCAACGGCCCCGGAAUUGCACGUGCUCCGGGAUCAGACCAAUCUUCUCCAAGCUCGCGUUACCCUGCACAUGAUCCGCGAGCACAGUCCUCUGCGGCGCGCGCUCAGAACAAUGGUACCAAACAGCAGGCUCAGGGGCCACCACCCAGCAAACUUCCUGCUCCCGUGCAGCCAGUGAAGCCACUGAAUAUUGCGAACAAACAGGCAACUAAUAAGAACGUUGUUCCCGAUGGUGUCCGUCAAGCUGAAGCUGCCCUGACUAAGAAAGCUGAGCCCCGGCAGAGGGAAGUUCGCAUGUCGGCAAUGUCUGAGAACGAAGUCAUGGAUCGGCUUAGGUCUGUCGUCUCUAAAGACAAUCCCAACGAAUCUUACAGUAAGCAACGUAAGAUUGGACAAGGUGCUUCUGGAUCUGUGUAUGUCGCCCGUGUUAAAGAACAUGCUGUUUCUCCAGUUGCCCGCGAACUGUACCGCCAAUAUGGACCUCGAACUCAGGUUGCAAUCAAACAAAUGGAUCUGCGUAGUCAGCCACGAAAGGAGCUUAUUGUUAACGAGAUCAUUGUAAUGAAAGACAGCCAGCAUGCCAAUAUUGUCAAUUUCCUUGACUCAUUCCUGCAAGAACAAAGCAAUGAGCUCUGGGUUGUUAUGGAAUUCAUGGAGGGUGGUGCCCUCACAGAUGUCAUUGACAACAACCCUGUAAUCCAGGAAGAUCAGAUUGCUACCAUUUGCUCAGAGACUUGCAAAGGACUGGCACACUUACAUAGCCAAAACAUUAUCCACCGUGAUAUCAAGAGUGAUAAUGUCCUUCUUGAUCGCGCUGGUCAUGUCAAGAUUACCGAUUUUGGAUUCUGUGCUAAACUUACCGAAUCAAAGAGCAAGCGUGCAACGAUGGUUGGGACGCCAUACUGGAUGGCCCCAGAAGUUGUCAAACAGAAGGAAUAUGGACCUAAGGUCGACUGCUGGUCACUAGGAAUUAUGGCUAUUGAGAUGAUCGAAUCAGAGCCCCCUUACCUAAACGAGGAACCGCUUAAAGCUCUAUAUCUUAUUGCCACCAAUGGCACUCCUCGUCUAAAGAAGCCUGAAAAGUUGAGCAAGGAGCUCAAAUCCUUCCUCAGCCAGUGUCUGUGUGUCGACGUCCGCAGCCGUGCCACUGCGGAAGAACUGCUAGCUCACGAAUUCCUGAAAUCUGGCUGUAGUCUCCCUAGUCUUGCGGAAUUGCUCCGUUGGAAGAAGAACAAUGGACAGUGA